CCCCUUCCUCCCGUCUCGCCCCUUCCUUCCCCACAAUUCUUUGCGCUCCUACAGCCUCUUCCUUUCCCUUUUUUUCCGGGCGCCGCUGACGCUGCCAUGGUGAGUCCUGAUACCGGAGGGAGGUGGGAGGUGAAUCGGUUGCAAUCCUUCCCGGGGAGGCGGCGUGAACAGCGGGUGGUGCCGCGCCGGUGUGGAGAAGGGCCUGGAGUGCCCGGGGAGACUUGUAUUGGCGGGCGCAGCCGGUGCCUGGAGAGACACCACCGCGGAGGGUGUGUGUGUGUUUGUGUCUUUAGGAGCAGGAUGGAUUUGGGGCCUAGGAGCGUUGCUGGAGCCGCUUAAGAUUGGACAGAGGAAGGGGGAGUCUACACGCGUGUGUGCACGUCCUGACUUUACACAGGGGGAAAUAAAAAAACACGUCUUAUCUAAAACACGAUUACGGGCUCGUUAUAUGGUAAAAAAGAAGGCAGACGAGAAGCUGCGGCAUGCUUUCUCGGAAAAGUUUGCUCUAAAUACCCAGCUGAAACGUAGCCGUUCUCUUAGAAAGUCUCUGCGGCUUUGGCAUUUAUAGUUCUUUCUGUAACAGCCGUUAUGGAUCUCCACAUUUUGGGAAGGGUCGUAGUUCAGUGGCGGGGUAUCUGCCUGGCAUGUGGAAAGUACCAAGUUCAGUCCCUGGCAUUUCCAGGUAGGGCUGGGAGAGAUUCUUGCCUGCAAGCUGGGAGAGGUGCUGCCUAUCCAUGUGGACAGUUCUGAGUUAGAUGGACGAAUGAUCUGACUCUAUAAGGCAGCUUCCUGGUUUCUAGAAAUACUGCACUUUUCAGCCUUUCAAAGCUGAGUAUCUUUUAAUAACAUGGAGCGUGGACGUUCAGCCUUUGCACAAGGAGCAUAAUAGCUUUAGAACGGAGAUGGGGUUGUAAUUCACCAUUACCAAUAAACAAAUAACCUGUGACCCUUCUGGAUGUUGUUGAACUCCAGCUCCCAUCAAUGCCAACAAAAAAGGUCAAGUGAUUAGCUCCGGUGGGAGUUUCAGUCUAGCAUCAUCUUGAAGGGCUGCAGGUUGCCCAUUCCUGAUGCCAACCAGUGAGGUUUACAUCAUAGCAGCAGCAGUAGUAGGCGUGGCCAUAGUGAGAAAGGAGUAUGGAAGAUGCUGUUUACUUUUGUGUAAUAGAACUUUAUCCAUGCAGGUGUGAAUGGGAAGGGGGGGCAUCUUAGAAGCAGAGAAUGGGGCAGUUGCAUUGAGAAUGGAUUUUGCAGCUAGGCAUAACCCUUGGUUAUUCAUGAUAGAGAAAGAGAGGGGCUUAGCGUGGUGGGUCCUUUGGGCAUGUGGGAGGUGAGCAUGCAGGCGAUUAACAGGUUCUGAUGUGAAAGAAUGGCUUGGAUGAAUGGAGCUUGUGUGUGCAGAAGAUGAACAUGUACUUGGGGUGCCUGUUGUCAUGAAACAAUAAAAAGGGAACCCCCUUAAUAAACUACAUGCAGUAACAAGCAACUUAGACCACAAACAAAUUUGCUUUGAAUAUCAACUUCCCUUGGUUGUAUUAUUAUUAUUACUAUUAAUUGAAUUUGUAUACCACCUUUCAUCCACAGAUCUCAGGGCAGUUCACAAUAUAAAACACACAAAAUAAGAAUAAAAUCAAACCAAUAAUCCCUCUCUCUCAAACACAUUUAAAGAAAAGGCCCGUUCUUAUGUUGCCACCCUCCAGACUUUCAUAGAGGCCUCAGGAUGAUCUCAGCAUCCUGGUAGGUUCAUAUGGGGAGAGGCGCUCCUUGAGAGUCCUGAGCCAUUUAAGGCUUUAUAGGUCAUUUAUAGGUCAGGCUUUAUUGCAGUCCUGAGCCAUUUAAGGCUUUAUAGGUCAAAACCAGCACUUUGAAUUGGGCCCGUAAACUAAUUUGCAGCCAGUGCAGUUGGGCCAGGAUUAGUGUAAUAUGCUCAAACCAUAUUGCGCUGCUGAGCAACCUGGCCACUGAAUUUUGCACUAGUUGAAGUUUCUGCACCGUCAUCAGAGGCAACUCUACGUUGAACAUGUUGCAGUAAUCCAGCCUAGAGGUUACCAGAGCAUAGUGAACAGUAGUUGGGCUGUCCCUGACCAGAUAGGGGUGCAGCUGGGCCACCAGCCCAGUAUUCAGUUAUUGCAGAAACAUUCUUGUGCAUUUGGCAUUGUACUUGCAGAAUGGUUUGCAUCUACAGUGGUACCUCUGGAUACGAAUUUAAUUAAUUCUGGGGGUCCGUUCUUACCCCCGAAACAUUCGCAUCCAGGGGCACCUGUUCUGCGCAUGUGCGUGGGGUGGAAACCUUUCCAUUACUUCCGGGUAUGCCACAUGUGUAGCCCAAAGGAUACGUAUCCAGAGGUGUUCGCAACUAGAGGUACCACUGUAGUUGCUUGUAAUUAGAUUAGUGUAAUCCCUGUACUUCUUUCCUCUUGCACAUUGGCCAUUUUUUGGGGGGGUAUUUGGGGAGGGGCUGCAGCUAACAGGGUACAGCACAUGCCUUGCAUAUGGAAGGUCCCAGGUUUAAUCACUGGCCUCUGCAGUCAAGGCUAGGAGAGACCCUGGAGAGCUGCUAUCCAUCAUUGUUGACACUGCUGAACCAAAUGGACGUCUGUCACAACCUAUUACAUUAGUGCUGUCAUGGGCAAUUUUGAGAAUAGUUUUCUUCCCAACUUCUCUUUUACCUAAGCUUCUGAUCAAAGAGAGAAGGUGGACAACUAGUUGGCAACAUUUUAUAGCAUACAAAAUGUCCCAAAGUCUUUGAACGUUGAUUGUCUUCACAAGCCUCUCUAUGUGAGAGAUUGUUUAUUUGGCACCAUUCUGCAGAUGAAAAAAAUGAGGCUGAGGGGGAAAUUGCCGCCAAAAUUAACUCUGCAGUUUUGUGCACAUUUAUUAAGCUGUAAGUCCCACUAUUUUCAGUGGAACUUAACCGCCAUCUGUACAAUACCUUUAAGCGCUAUGAUACCACUUUAAAUGGUCUUGUCUUCCCCCAAAUAAUGUUGGGAACUGUAGUUAGUUAAGGGUGCUGAGAGUUGUAGGGAUACUUUAUUUCCCUCAGAGAGCUACAAUUCCCAGAGUUCCCUGGGAAGAAAGUAUCAGGUUGGUGAAGGCUGGCGCAGUAUAUGCUGCCCAGUCAUUAAGAAACCCAACAUUUCUAUAUCUCAGAAAGGAGGGAGGUGUGGUUGUAUAUAGGCACGUCUGGCAGAUUCUCCCACAAACCCACUUACGUGACAGCUUCUCUUUCUUGGUCCCAGGGAGUCGACAUACGCCACAACAAGGACCGGAAGGUUCGACGCAAAGAGCCUAAGAGUCAGGAUAUCUACCUUCGCCUCCUGGUCAAGGUGAGAACCAGCGUGAUUGAAAAUCUUUGGUUUCGGAGAUGGCUAAGAGCCAGAAUUCCCGCAGGUCAUGUUCUCCCUCUCCCCCCUUCACCCAUGCUUAUUUGUGUGGUGGUGGCAUACUGGAAUGUGUGAGUCUUUUUACAGAAAGAAGGCUCUAAGGAAUUUGGGAAGCUGGGGACUGACCUGCUGUGGAAAAACAGAAUUAGUGGGUUAUAUUUGGAGGCUUGUUGUUGGGCUGGAAGCUGAAUUGUGGACAUAAUAUGGAAAGGGAGGGCAAAGGGACGGGCCAACAAGACCCCCAAGUAUCCUGUCAACCCCUUUGUUGCCUCUUCAGCUCUACAGAUUUCUUGCUCGACGGACCAAUGCAAAAUUCAACAAGGUGAUUCUGAAACGGCUCUUUAUGAGCCGCACCAACAGGCCUCCGCUGUCUGUUUCCCGCAUGGUAAGUGCAGAUUCCCCUCCCAAUCUCUCUUACCUUUUUUUAUACGCUUCCAUAGGAUGCCCUACAUAGGAAUUCUCAGUUGCUAUCUUUCGCUUUCACACCACCCCUCCAGAUCCAAAUUCAGGAAUAAACAGCCACCUCUGGUGUGACUUUGCCAGCAUUUUUCAAGCAGUGGAGCAAGGCAGGAAGAAAGGAAAGGAGCAGGACUAUGGCCCAUGGUGUGGCUUUUCCCUAUUUAAGGGUGUCAGAAGAGCCUGGCUAGAUCUGUCGAAAUGUUCAAUUUGCGCAGCAUUCUGUUCCUACUGUGGCCAACCAGAUGCCUAUGAGAAGCAACAACAGCACUCUCCCUGCUUGUGAUUCCCAGCAACUGUUGUUCAGAGGCAUACUGCCUCCGACAGGGGAGAUGCAAUAUCUCCAUUGUGUCUAGUAGCCAUUGAUAUUCUCCACGAACUUGUCCUCUUUUAAGCCCAUCCAGAUGGGCGGCAUAUAAAUAAUAGAGUAAUAAUAAUGCUUAUUAUCAUCAUCAUCCAAGUUGGUGGCAGUUAGUUGCAUCUUGUGUGAACAAAUACCAUAGUUUAAGUAUGCAUAUUGUGAAGUCUUUCUUUUCCCUGUCCCAGAUCUUCCAACUUUCAGCUGCUUAGGUUCUAGUAUUAUGAGAGAGGGAGUAUAACUUUUCCCUCCCCACAUCUUUAUCAUGUCCCCCCCGCCCCUUUCACUUUUUUUUUCUAAACUAAAAAGGGCAAUGCACUCCUUCCCCAACCCCAAAGCAGUGGGUUGCUGUGCAGGUUGGUGGCCCAGUAAAUCUAGUGAGAGAUGCAGCUGAUCAUGCUAAUGCAAGUUAUAGGAGGAAAUGGUGAGGCAAAUCCAUUCUCUUGCUGUCCCAGUUAAAGUAACCUGGGUGCGCAUUCAUAUAUAAAAAAGGAGCCCACUCCUUGUCAUAUAGUUAAACCACUGCCUGCUGUUCAGACAGCUAAUACGUGCGCAUUCACUGUGAUCACUCUUUCUCCCUCUCCAGAUCCGUAAGAUGAAGCUCCCAGGCCGGGAGAACAAAACUGCUGUCGUGGUGGGUACAGUGACCGAUGAUGUUCGCAUCCAGGAAAUCCCCAAACUGAAGGUAGCUUGGCUAGUUGGUGGUGGAGGAGCUGUUCAAAGGGCAGGAACUCAAGAGGCUUUAGGCAGCAGGAGGGAUGUUGCUUUGACAGCCUUGAAAACUGGAGGUGUAUAGGAAUGUCUGAUAGGCAUGUGAUGGCAUGGAAGUGGUUGGCGCAUGCAACUUAUAAUUGUACAUGCAGUUGAUGACUGGCCAUCGCUUGGACUGUAAUCUGUUUAUGAGUUUUAGUUCAUUAACUAAGCAUUCCAGGUCUGCUGCCUGGUUAAUCAGGAGAGCAUCCUUUUAUCCAAUCAGAAUGUUCUGAUUCAAUCAAUUAAUUGCACCCCUAGUUAUAAUAAUUAACUUGGGGUAUAGAUGAAGGUGCAAAUUUUAUUUUUGAAGCAAACAAAUGACAUACUUCAUCUCACGUUGCAACCCGUUUCCCUUUUCCUCCAAGGUUUGUGCCCUGAGAGUGACCCGAGGAGCCCGUACCCGCAUCCUGAAAGCUGGUGGUCAGAUCAUGACUUUUGACCAGUUGGCCAUGGCUGCCCCCAAGGGCCAAGGAACGGUGCUGCUUUCUGGUGAGUCGGGAGGAUGGUACCAAGCUCUUGAGGCUUGCGAAGUUCUUGCAGGUGCUAGUUUGCUGCUGAUGCCUCAGUAUGACUAAAGCAUCUUUUCUGACUUGCCUCCUGCAGGACCCAGGAAGGCUCGCGAAGUUUACAGGCAUUUUGGCAAGGCCCCUGGAACCCCACACAGCCACACUAAGUGAGUACCUCAGGCUCCAGGUCUCCUGCUAGCCUCUUCCCAUUUACCAUGCUGCCCCUCAAGAUAAUUGUAGGUUUUUGAGGAAAAAAUAUGAUUUUUCUCCUGUUUACACAAUCACUUUAUUACUUCCUGUUCUUCUGUGGUAUAGCUUCAGUAUUAUACUUACAAAGGGCCCUAAAAGGCCUUUUCUGACCUUUGAAUCCCAUUCUUCCAAGGAAUCAAGUCUUGGAAGUCUCACCAUAGCGUUCUGAACCUCAUAGCUGCCUAAGAGAGUUAAUUAGGCUAUCCUGUGAGCAUUAAAACAGGCUUUCCACACCCAAUCCCAAGUAUUUCAACUAGUUGGCAACACUUUAUAGCGUACAAGACACAUUCUCUUGCAUGAUUUGCCAUACAGCCAUGACCCCCCAUUUGCCUCUUUUUCUCUGUACUCUAGAAGUUGAAGGGGGGUUUGGAUUCAGAUUACAGCUCUUGGAUUUCAGACGCUCUGGGAAUUUUGGGAGAGGAAGCAGAGUAAAUUCCAUUGACGCCUUCUCACUUUUUCAGGCAGCUAGGACAGUCUGUGAGAGGGGGGAGCCUUUUUGGGGUUAGGGAGGUGAAGGAUAGAAGGUGGGAGCAAGAGAGCCCCACGAUUCUGUAGCACCUCUGAAUUCAGAGGCUACUGUGCACGCAUCUCCUUCCUGAAGCAGUGUAUCUACUAGGCAAGAGCAGGCUCCUAUUUGUGUUACUAACUCCUCUUACAUUUUCCACUUUGCAGGCCAUACAUCAGAUCCAAGGGCCGCAAGUUUGAGCGGGCUCGAGGUCGCCGUGCCAGUCGAGGCUACAAAAACUAGAUUGGGUCUUGAAAUAUUUGAAGGCUGUGAUGCGAUGGAUUAAAUUUGCUAUUCUGAAUAUAAAUUAAAAAACCCCAUGUCGUGUCAUUUGUUAAGACAGUCGAGCGCUAGGAAGAUUGUAAAGGCAGGUUGUAGACCCAACAACGUCUGGUUUGCCUGAACAUCAGUCUUUUCUCAGGAUGUCUCUCCCCUCCCAACCUGCUUUGAGUCUUCCCACAAUCUUUACUGAACAUGAGUGGAUGAGAUGACCCAAUAAUUAUACUAUACAAUUAUACUUAUAAUUAUAAUUAUACUAUACAAUAAUUAUGUGAAGUGUUUUGGAAAUGUCAGACAUAAAAGAAAAGUGUCAGGGAGGGAGGGAGAGAAGAGAGGUAUUUGCAGGAGCUGGAGGGUGGGAGACAUGUUGGUUGGAAAAAGGACUCCUGCUGGUGCCUAUC